AUGUCUUCCUCAGAGAAACCUGUUCUCAUCAAACCCUCGCUGACUGAGGCCCAGGCUGUCGAGUUGGUCGAGCGGUUGUACGGUCUGAAGGUCUCCAGUGUCCAACCAAUGCCUAGUUACGAUGACCAGAACUUCCACAUCCUGGUGUCUGAGGACCAGGUGACCAGAGAUCCCAGUCAGAGCUACGUCCUCAAGGUGAUGAACACUGGUGACAGUGAGGAUGCUGAUUUAAUUGAAGCACAAACACAAGCCAUGAUAUUUUUGAGUGAGAAAGGAUUUCCUUCACCCACACCAAUCCCAACCAUUGAUGGCAAGAUUAUGUCGUUGGAGACGAUUGGCUGUGGAGUCCAAUCGAAGGCCCACAUGGUCCGGUUACUGACCUACCUCCCUGGACGUCCAUUGUCUGAAAUGCCUAUAGGGCCUCAGAUCUUGUACAAAGCUGGUCAAACCCUUGCACGAAUGAAUGAAGUGCUUGCAGAAUUCCAGCAUCCUUUCCGGAAGAGUCUGCAGCGUCCGGAUUUCCUCUGGAAACUCUCAAACAUUCACUUGCUGAACAAGUAUCUUUAUGUAGUGGGAGAGGGAAGGGAUCGCCAAAUUAUAGAGCAAAUUAUUCAGCAAUUCCAGGAAGAGAUCAUUCCAAAUCUCUGCAAGUUGCGUCAAAGCUUGAAUCACGGAGACUUUAGUCACACCAACAUUCUAGUCCAACCCGUUCACCCCUCAGCUAACCACUCCAACCCAACUGAGCUGCAGCAGGAACUGGACAUCUCUGGGUUACUGGACUUUGGUUGCAUGAAUUAUGGUUAUUAUGUCUUUGAUGUGGCCAUAUCCAUAAUGUAUCUGAUGCUGGGGAGUAACGAUCCCAUUGGCGCAGGGGGCCAUGUCCUCUCGGGCUUUGAGAGUGUGAUCCCGUUACUCCCUGAGGAGCAAGACGCCAUUUUCCUGCUGGUUCUUUGCAGGUUUUCUCAGUCACUGGUUAUGGGGAGAUACAAUACUCUGCUUUACCCUGAAAAUGCAGAGUACCUUCUGAGCACUGGGAGAGCUGGCUGGAAGUGUCUCCACCAACUGUGGUCACUGGGGAAAGAGGCAGUGGGAAAGAUUUGGUUUGAGGCAGGCAAGUUCCAAAGCACUUGAAGCAGACCCUGUUUCAGUGUAGUCCCAGGCACAUUGGCUUCCAGGAGAACAAGGACAUCUCGAUGAAGAUUAUUAGAUUAGAUUAGAUUAGA